GGCCAGGAACCGCUGAAGCCGCAAGCGAUGGCCCUCUUCAGCGCCCGUGGCUUGAGCAACUUUAUCAGCGAGAUCCGGUCGUGCACCAACGCCGACGACGAGCAGAAGCGCAUCGAUAAGGAGCUCAACAAGCUGCGCCAGAAGUUCACGCAGUCGGGCCAGCUCAACUCGUACGACAAGAAAAAGUAUGCGUGGAAGAUCAUCUACAUCUACAUGCUCGGCUACGACAUUGACUUUGGCCACAUGCAGGUCAUCAAUCUUGUCUCGGGCGCCAAGUACUCGGAAAAGUGUUUGGGGUACCUCGGCGUCUCCAUCUUGCUCAAGAGCUCCGACGAACUCAUGACGCUGGUCGUCAACUCGAUCCUGAACGACCUCACGUCGCCCGACGCCGCGUUCCAGUGUCUCGCGCUCUGCUGCGUCGCCAACCUCGGCGGCAUGGAGCUCUGCGAGACGCUGGCGCCGCACAUUGUCAAGCUGCUCAUGAGCUCCAGCAGCAUCUGCCACGUGCGCAAGAAGGCUGCGCUGUGCGUUCGCCGCAUCAUGCCCGCGAUGCCCGACGUCAUCAUGCCGGACGAGCUCGAGCCGCGUCUCCAAACGCUCAUGGAAGACCGCCACUUGGGCGUCGUGACGUCGGCCGCGAGCUUGCUCCAGAUGGCGCUGACGCAAACGCCCGGCGGGUACAAGUCGCUGAUUGAGAUUUGCAUCGAGCGCCUCUCGCAGCUCGUCAUGAACAAGGCGUGCCCGCGCGACUACAUGUACUACUCGACGCCGUGCCCGUGGCUGCAGAUCAAGCUCCUGCGCAUUCUGCAGACGUACGGCAUGCCGGAGGACCCGCGCUUGGCCGAGAAGCUCAACGACACGCUGCGCAAGAUCCUCGGUCGACCGAGCCCAGGCAAGGGCGCCAAGAACAAUGCAAUAUACGCCGUGCUCUUCGAGACGGUCAACCUCGUCAUCGCCCAGGGCAAGAAGGCCGACCCCAAGCUCCACGAGCAAGGCAUCCAGCUCCUCGCGCGCUUCAUCUCGGUGAGCGAGCCCAACAUCCGGUACAUUGGCCUCGACUCGAUGAACCGCCUCGUGCGCCUCGACGGCGUCUCGGAAGCCAUCAAGGAGCACAAGGCGACCGUUAUCUUUUCGCUCAAAGACGCCGACAACAGCGUGCGCCGGCGCGCGCUCGACCUCCUCUUUGCCAUGUGCGACCACUCGAACGCGCUCGAGAUUGUGGGCGAGCUCGUGACGUAUCUUGCGGUGGCCGACGCGAGCAUCCGCGAGGAGAUUGUGCUCAAGGCCGCGAUCCUUGCCGAGCGAUAUGCCAAGGAUCUCCGCUGGUACGUGGACACGGUCCUCCAGCUUAUCACGAUCGCCGGCGCCGACGUGCCCGACGACGUGUGGCACCGCGUCGUGCAGAUCGUGACCAACAACGAAGACUUGCAAAAGUACACGGCCGAGGUCAUGUUCCGCGCGCUCGAGCCCAAGCACGUGGACGAGACGACGGCCAAGUUUGGCGCGUACGUUGUCGGCGAGUUUGGCUACCUCAUGGUCGAAGAUCCCGACAUGUCGAGCCAGCGCCAGUUUGACGUGCUCUUCCAGCACUACUCAACGAGCUCGCUCGCGACCAAGUGUCUCAUCUUGACCGCGUUCAUCAAGAUGGACAACUUGUAUGAAGACAUUCGGCCGCGUGUGCUUGAAGUCUUCAAGAAAUGCACGUCGCACGUCGACCUCGAGACGCAGCAGCGCGCGUGCGAGUACUUUACGCUCCACCACGCGGGCGACGACACGAUGAAGAGCGUGCUGGAGCCGAUGCCGGUCUUUCCCGACACGCGCGAGUCGGCGCUGGUCGUGCGCCUUCGCCAGCAGCAGCAGGGCUCCGAAGACGACGGACCCGGCGCACCGGUGCGCGACGAGCCGCUCGACGGCAGCGAAAAAGAGAGCAGCAAUGGCGGCGACCUCCUCACGAUUGACAGUCCGAUCAAAGGCAACGUCAUGGGCGGCGCGGGCGGUCUCCGCGCCCCGACGCCCGUCGACAUUUUCGGCGGCGGCCCGCCGAGCGCCGUGGACCCGGCCCAGCUCGCGUCCUGGUUCAACAAGAUUGUAGCGACCAACCAAGGCGUGCUGUACGAAAGCGACUUGAUCCAGAUCGGCGUCAAGCAAGAGUUCCGCGGGUCGCAGGGCCGCUUGAGCCUCUUUUACGGCAACAAGAGCGCGUGCCCGCUCACCAAUGUCUCGGCGAGUGUCAAGCCCGUGCCGUUUCUGCGCGUUCAGGCCGAAGAGCUCGCGCGUGAAGUCGGGCCCAAGCAGCAGCUCAAGCAGCAGAUCAUGCUCGAGUGCAUGCAGCCGUUCGUGUCGCCCGCUGAGCUCAGCGUCGCGUUCACGCUCAACGGGUCGUCUGUUGCGUUCGACGUCAAACUGCCGUGUGUCGCGACCUCGUUCCUUGAGCCCGUGAAACUCUCGGGCGAUGACUUUCAGAAGCGGUGGGUUGCCCUCGAAGGCCAGGGCCGCGAGCAGCAAGACGUGUUUGUUGCGGCCAACAAGAUGGACGUGCAGGCCAACGUCAAGCUCCUGACCGAGGUCAUGAAGUUUGGCCUUGUCGAGGGCGGCGAUCCGUCGGGCGGCCUCGCGCUUGCAGCGACGUUUCGAACGGGCACGACCGCGCCGACCGGCGAUAAGAUCUCGGUUGGGUGCUUGGCCAAGCUCGAGAGCAACCCGCAGGCCAACUCGUACCGCCUCACGGUCCGCGCCGUGCACCCGGACGUGAGCAUCGCGCUCAAAAACAACAUCAAGGGUGUCCUCGCCUAGUUUGCGUUCGACUAACUAC